AUUGACUAAGGUUGCUCACUUCUUACCUGUAUCGAUGACCAUGUCGAUGGAGAAGUUAGCCGAGAUUUAUACCCGUGGGAUCGUUCGACCCUACGGAAUGCCCGUUCAUAUUGUGUCAGAUCGAGAUCCUAGAUUCACUAGCAGAUUCUGGGAGAGUUUAGACGAAACGAUGGGCACGCAGUUAAAGUUCAGUUCGGCUUAUCAUAUAGAGAAAAACGGUCAGACAGAAAGGACUAUUCAGACGCUCGAGGAUAUGCUCAGAGCGUUAGUUCUAGACAGAGGUGCUAAGUGGGAGUCAAUUUUAUCGUUAGUUGAGUUCGCCUAUAACAACAGUUAUCAGGCGUCGAUCCAGAUGGCUCCUUUCGAGGCACUUUAUGGACAUAAAUGCCGCUCGCUCCUGUAUUGGGACGAUGUUGGCGAACGUCAAGUACUCGGUCCGAAGAUGGUCGAGGAGACAACUGAGCAAGUUGAGCUUAUCAAACAAAGACUUAGAACAGCACAGAGUCGGCAGAAGUCAUCGGUCGACAAGCACAGACAUGAUAUCCAGUUCGAAGUCGGAGAACGAGCCUUCCUGAGAGUUCGUCCAUUCCGAGGGAUCAUUCGAUUUGGAAAGAAAGGGAAGUUACAUCCCCGAUUUAUCGGUCCAUUCGAAGUUCUCGAACGAGUGGGCGAAGUGGCCUAUCGUCUAGCUCUGCAUCCCGAAUUGUCUAAUGUACAUAAU